AGUGCAGUAGGGUGCUAUGUCAGGCCGAUGUGACGAAGAAUCAAAAGCCAUUGUUGAUUUACAGUAAAACGACCUCUCGACACAGCCACAGUUUAAAUGGAGUGGCAGCAAGGAGCCUAACUUCUUUGGUUGAAAAAGAUUGUGGAUAGGCUGUCUCUUCAACUUAAAAGGAAAAGACGCAACAAAUACCCUCCUUCUCUUACUUUAUUUGUUGCUGUGUACCCUCUGCAAGCGAGACUACAGGAAUUGAUCGUCAAGAAUGACAACUCCAUUUUUGCACGAAAUCGGACUUCAUCAUCUUGAACUUGAACAUCACCUUAACAGUGAUGUUUAAGGAACUCGUAAUGGACACAUAUUUUCAAGAGGAGAAAACUUGACUGAAUACCAGCGCAAACAGUGGAGCGCAAAAUAAAGACAAAAGUUCUGAGGAUGCCAUGUGAUUGGUGGGGACACGCUGGAGGGGGUGUGGCCUCCACAAUACAGAGAGCCACAUGGAGGGGGAAGAGGACGUCCUCGUCUAGCCAUGUUGUUCUGGAUUGCCGUCAUGCGCAGGCUCUCUUGUGGGAUUUGAGAUGGCACUAUGUGGACACGGUUCUUUUCUAUGGAUCAUAAUGUCUCAUGAGGGAUUCAGUGCUUGGCAUGGUCCACCAUCAUGGUCGACAUGCCGAGCCCCUACAGUCCGUCCUCCAUCGGAGACUCGGUCCUAAGUCCCCUGUGUGGGGACCUUAUCCAGGACUUGGGGGAGCUAGAAGAUCUCUCUCAGUCAGUGGAUGAUGAUUCUUUCAACAGCUUUGAUAUCCAUGAGCACAAGUCUUCGAGUGCAGGAUCUGAGUGUUCUGCUGCAAUAGAUUUUUUGACUCCAGCGUCCAGUCCGUCCUCUGUGGUGUUUGGAGCAGUGACCGGAGAGGAGGUGUCGUCCAGCCCGCUAAACCUAGAGUGCCGCGUGUGUGCUGACCGUGCCUCAGGCUUCCACUAUGGGGUCCACGCAUGUGAGGGAUGCAAGGGCUUCUUCAGGAGGACCAUACGCCUCAAGUUGGAAUACGACAAAUGUGAGCGAAAUUGCAAGAUCCAGAAGAAAAACCGUAACAAAUGUCAGUACUGCCGAUUCCACAAGUGCCUUUCAGUUGGCAUGUCCCACAAUGCUAUCCGAUUUGGGCGAAUGCCCCAGUCAGAGAAGCUGAAAUUGAAAGCCGAGCUGGAGACGGGAGAGAGGCAGUACGUGGAGCCUCAGCUGGCUGAUGUCAAGGCUCUCGUUCGACAGAUCCAUGCGGCUUACUUGAAGCACUUCCCCAUGAAUAAAGCCAAAGCUAGAGUCUUCCUCACUGGCAAGACCAGUUCUCCGCCUUUUGUCAUCCACGACAUGGAGACCCUGCAGCUGGCAGAGAAGACGUUGCUGAUCCAGCUGUUUGGAGGCAGCGUGGAGGCGGUCGGCCUCCUGCAGCGGCAGGCCGAGGGGCGCCUCUUCCACUGCAGCCAGUGCACAUCUGUGGAGACGGUCACCGCGCUCACGGAGUUUGCCAAGGCUGUGCCGGGCUUCCAGGAGCUGGACCUGAACGACCAGGUGACCCUGCUGAAGUACGGCGUGCACGAGGCGCUCUUCGCCCUGCUGGCCUCCUGCAUGAACAAGGACGGGCUGCUGGUGGCGCAGGGCCGCGGCUUCAUCACGCGCGAGUUCCUCAAGAGCCUGCGCCGGCCCUUCAGCGACAUGAUGGAGCCCAAGUUCCAGUUCGCCACCAAGUUCAACGCCCUGGAGCUGGAUGACAGUGACCUGGCUUUAUUUGUAGGAGCUAUCAUCUGCUGUGGAGACAGACCAGGCCUGGGCAAUGUGUCUCACAUUGAAUGCAUGCAGGAAAAUAUUAUUCAUGCACUGCAGCUCCAUCUGCUGGCCAACCAUCCAGAUGACACAUUCCUUUUCCCCAAGCUGUUGCAGAAACUGGCAGACCUUCGGCAGCUUGUGACUGAGCAUGCUUUUCUAGUACAGGAGAUUAAGAAGACAGAAGAUGCCUCAUUGCACCCGCUGCUUCAGGAGAUUUACAAAGACAUGUAUUAAACAUGGCCUCCUGGGGCCUUGGGGGUUUAUGGAGAGCAGUCUAAAGUUUGGUGUCAUGAGUGGUGGUGGAAAGCUGUGAAGAACAGCCACCUUAAUGUAUCCACAAUCGCUAUUGGUGGAGGUCAGAGAAUAGCUGGGAAGAGUAGUGAUUCCUGCAGGAACGGAUUUUGCUUGUUAUUUAGGCCUAUGCAAAAAAUAUACUGCUGUGCCUGUGGGAAUAUCCAAGUAGCGUUGUAUAAAGGGAUUGUUGGGAUGAAUAAAUUUGCCUGAUUCAGCCACCAGUGACCAGAAGCAGUGUAAACUUUCCUGGUUACCUUGCAACUAUUUCAACAUGGGACACGGGACUACAUUUAACGGCUACAUGUCUGCCGUUAAAGCUAAAACAUUGUGCCUUUUUUUUAUUAAGGAGAUCCAUGUACAGGAAUGAUUGAAAUGCACAGAAAGCACUUCUGAUGAGUAGGCUACAAUGAAAUAUGUAGGUUGAAAAACACCAAGAAAUUUUGACUGUGAAUAAUGUUAUAUGAAAAAUAAGGAACUGAUUCAAUGGACUGUGGUAUUGUUUUGCAUCAUCCAUUUUAGAAGAGAUUGUUUCAUGUUUCAGUGUGUGUUAAAAGUUUUAGCCAAUAAUAAGCCUUUUACCAACUCUUACCUCACUUUGUUAAAUAAUGGAAAUAACUUCAUCUGUAAAUAAUACAUACAGCUAUUGUAUCACUCCAAAAAGAUCACUAAUCAAUGUCAAGAUAGUUUAUGCCUGUGGAUAAUUAAUAUGGAGACUGGCUUUUAAUAUUAAGAGCUGGGUCUUUUUGGUUGUCAUUAUGGUUCUUAUUGACAUUGUUAGUGACCUGAGCAGUGAUAGGCCUUUUUAUACAUUGUGUCCAACUAUGAAUAGUGCUGAAUAACAGCUAAGUCAGGCUUGGUUUUAAUAAUAAUGUUGUGUAACACAAACUUCUAACAAAAUGUUAUACAAACAAGAAAAUCAGAUGUCACUCCAAAUAUAUAUCUGAUGUUUUUGUAGUUUUGUGAUAUGGCUGAGAGAGUAUUAUCCCCCCUCUCCCCUCCAUAAUUUUGGGAUGAUAGUAAAUGGCUAGCAAGACCCAAUAUUUUCUGAUUAAAGCCUCCUGCCAUUCCCCUGAUAACAGCAUCAAUAUCUUCAACAAAUCAGCAACAUAACUAGGCAAAAUAAGCUAAACAGGUUUUAUAUUUUACUGUUUUUUUCUAAUGUGUUUAGCCCCAGGUUUAUGUUGGUGCUUAUGGUUUAAUUCACUGGAAAAAAAAUCAUAUGAUGUAUAUAGAUAGUUCUAACAAGUAUAAUAAGUUUGCAUUUUAUUAACAACAAUUUUGUACAUUGAUUAUCAGGGAUUUCUGGCAUAGUAAAACCUCAGGUUGGCCCCUGCCUUAGUGACCCUGUGUUAGAUGGAAGAAGAGUCACCGUGCAAAUAGUUGAAAGUAGUAUGACUGUAAUAUUGGUGUUGUGAUCAUUAAAAUAUCUUUGCUGUA